AUGAUUUCGCAAAGACUUACCUUAAUCAGAAACGCUGUUAAAGAUGAUCCAAGAGAGGCAGAAUCCGCAUUAGUUUCUUAUGAUGAGACCCGACAAGAAACGCUUUUAAAAGAACCAGCCUCGGUGCCCGAUGAUAGUCCUGAAGAACCAAUAGCUUCAUCUUCUACUUUCAAUGACACAUCUAACAACACAACAGAACCAUGUUUUCCCGGAGUCAACUCGGAUGAUAGUGUUAAAGAUCCGAACUACUCAUCUUCCACUUCCAGCGAUUCCGAUUCUUCGUCUAGUGAUUUCGAAUCGUCAAGUAUGCCAACAACAACGGCUUCGGAAGAGUUACCUUCAAGUCUGUCAGCUAAUGAGGUGCAAGGUACAAAUUUACUAACUGAUAUAACAAAUACAGGCUCAAGCAGCGACAAUAGAAGAAACCUUACUAGAAAAAGACAAAGAAACGAACAUAAGUGGUUACGUAAUAAUGCGAAAAUAUUAAGAAAUUCUGGGAAAUCUCACAUCACUAGAACAAAAAAAAUCAAACCAGAUAAGAAAAUGGGACCACCAUGCACAGAAAAAUGUCGCCAAAAACGCUCAUUGAAAAUAUCUGAAGAGCAUACGCGAGAUACCGGGAUGUCCGGCUACAGGGACAGGAACACUAGGAACUUGAGCGGCAUAGCAGCACGGCGAGCGACAGCAGGCAGCGGCGGCGCGUUUCCAACGCAACCACGUCAGGAACAACGAGAGCGACAGCAGAAGGGCAGCACGACGACCGGGACGGCGGCAGAACAGCAGCAGGAACAAUGA